AUGCUUGUGGCCUUCAAUGUGGAUGUAACCCAGUCCUGGGUCACACCAGAGGGAGGCCCUUUUGUGCUCAGCUCCCUGCUGCACCAAGAUCCCAGCACCAACCAGACAUGGCUUCUGGUCACCAGUGCCAACAGGACCUCAGCACCUCUGCAUCAAUGCUCCCUCAUCCAGGAUGGAAUCGUUUGCCGGCCAGUGGAGCAUGUCCCUGUCCUAAAGGGGAAGCACCGGGGAAUCACAGUUGUCCGGAACCAGCAUGGUGUCCUGAUAUGCAUUCAGGUGCAGGCCCGGCAGCCCCAUAGCCUCAGCUCAGAACUCACAAGCAACUGCAGCCUGCUGACCCCCGACCUGCUUCCCCAGGCCCAGGUCGACUUCUUUGAUCUUGAAAGUAUUCUGGACCCAGAUGCACAGGUGGACACUGGCCACUGCUACAGGAAUAAAGGAGGCAGCCCAGGAGAGAAUAAGAACUUAGCCAGAAGGCAUCGGGCCCUGAAGGAGGGAGAACAGGAGGAGGGAGAGCAGGAGGAGGAAGCUGGCACCGAGAUUGCCAUAGUCCUGGAUGGCUCAGGAAGCAUUGAACCCCAAGAUUUUCAGAAAGCCAAAGACUUCAUCUCCAACAUGAUGAGGAACUUUUAUGAAAAGUGCUUUGAGUGCAGCUUUGCCUUGGUGCAGUAUGGGGAAGUGAUCCAGACUGAAUUUGACCUUCGAGACAGUGAGGAUGCCAUGGCCUCCCUUGCCAGAGUCCAGAACAUCACUCAAGUGAAGCGUGUCACCAAGACUGCCUCAGCCAUGCAGCACGUGCUAGAUCAUAUCUUCAUAUCAAGCCGUGGCUCCAGGAAAAAGGCAUCCAAGGUCAUGGUGGUACUCACCGAUGGUGACAUAUUUGGAGACCCCCUCAACCUCACAACUGUCAUCAACUCUCCAAAGAUGCAGGGUGUUGAGCGCUUUGCCAUUGGGGUAGGAGAUGAAUUUCAGAAUGCUAAGAAGGACAGGGAACUGAAGCUGAUAGCCUCGGACCCCAGUGAGACCCACGCCUUCAAGGUGACCAACUACGGCGCCUUGGAUGGGCUGCUGAGCAAGCUGCAGCAGAGCAUCAUUCACAUGGAAGGCACCGUCGGAGACGCCCUUCAUUACCAGCUGGCACAGACUGGCUUCAGCGCACAGAUUCUGGACGAGGGGCGGCUGCUGCUCGGCGCCGUGGGCGCCUACACCUGGUCGGGGGGAGCCGUGCUGUACAGCCCCGCUCAGCGCCGCGGCCGUUUCCUGAACCACAGCGCCGAGGCCGCAGGGGCCGGGCCGGCGCAGUAUGGAUACCUGGGUUACUCUGUGGCGGUACUACACAAGGCCUGUGGAGUUUCCUACAUCUCUGGGGCUCCACGGUACAAACAACGUGGAGCAGUGUUUGAGCUUCAGAAGAAAGACAGAGAGGCUACCUUUGUACCAAGGCUGGAGGGAGAGCAGAUGGGGUCCUACUUUGGCUCUGAGCUGUGCCCUGUGGACGUGGACAUGGACGGGAUCACGGACUUCUUGCUGGUGGCUGCUCCAUUUUUCCACAUUCGUAGAGAAGAAGGCAGAGUCUACGUGUAUCAACUACAUGAGCAGGAUGGUUCCUUCUCCUUGGCACACACACUGAGUGGACAUUUAGAGCCUGGUGGUGGCCGCUUUGGCUUCGCCAUGGCCUCUGUGGGGGACAUUAAUCAGGACAGGCUUACAGACGUGGCCAUCGGAGCCCCACUAGAGGGCUUCACAUUGGACGAUGGGGCUAGCUUUGGCAGCGUGUACAUCUACAAUGGACGCCGGGAUGGCCUCCCUGCCAGCCCCUCACAGAGGAUCAGAGCCUCCACCAUGGCCCCAAGACUCCACUAUUUUGGCAUGUCCUUGGCUGGUGGUUUGGAUUUCAGUGGCGAUGGCCUGGCUGACAUCACCGUGGGCACGCUGGGCCGGGCAGCUGUGCUCUGCUCACGACCUGUGGUUCACCUGGAGCUGUCCAUGAACUUCACCCCCAGUGCACUGCCCAUUGGCUUUGGUGGCAGAGUGAAUGUAGAUUUGUGUUUUAAAAUCAUUUCAGCAACUGAGGCCACUGUGUCAGCCCCAGGCCUCAGAGAAGCUUUGCUCAACUUCACCAUGGACGUGGAUGCAGUGAAGCAGAGGAAGAGGCUGCAGUGUUCCCACAUGACUGACUGUCAGGACCGCCUUAGGAACUGGACCAGCAGCCCCCUGCUGUGUGAGCAUAUCUGGCUCAUCCCCACAAACGGAGAGCUGUGUGAGGAGGACUGCUUCUCCAACAUCAGCAUUGUAGUCAGCUACCAGCUCCAGAUCCCUGAGGGCCCAAGGGGCCAGCCCCACCCCAUCCUGGACCACUACGUGAAGCCUUCUGCCAUCUUCCAGCUGCCCUAUGAGAAGGCCUGCAAGAACAAACUGUUUUGCAUUGCUGAGUUCCAGUUGGCCACCACCAUCUCUCAGCAAGAGCUGGUAGUGGGUCUCACCAAAGAGCUUACCAUGAACAUCAGCCUAAUGAACUCUGGGGAAGACUCCUUCAUGACAAGCAUGGCUUUGAGUUACCCCCAAAACUUACAGUUUAAGAAGAUGUGGAAGCCUUUCUCUCCAGACAUUCAGUGUGAUGAUCCAGUGCCAGUUGCUUCUGCUCUGGUCAUGAACUGCAAGAUUGGCCACCCCAUACUCAAGAAGUCGUCUGCAAAUGCCUCAGUAGUUUGGCAGCUAGAGAAUGCCUUCCCCUUCCCCAACAGGACAGCAGACAUCACUGUGACAAUCUCCAAUUCUGAGGAAAGGUCUUUGGCCAGAGAGACUCACAGUCUUCAAUUCCGGCCUGCCUUCACUGCUGUUCUCCCCAGACCAUCAGUGGUAUACAUGAAUGCAAGCCUGGGACUUUCUGAACACAAAGAAUUCCUUUUCAGUAUACAUGGAGAAAAUGUCUUUGGAGCCAAAUUCCACUUGCAAAUUUGUGUCCCAAUUAAAUUACAAGGUCUCCAGAUUGUAAGAGUGAAAAAUCUGACAAAAACUCAGGAACGCACCGUCUGCGCCCAAGCCCAGGAGCGCGCCUGCGGGAGCGGGAGUGGUGCCGCCCAGCACGUGGAGCAAUGGCAUCUAGUAAGCUGUGCCAUCACAUCAGAUAAAGAAAAUGUAACUGUGGCUGCAGAGAUCUCCUUGGGUCAUGCUAAGCAGUUACUGAGAGAUGUAACUGAACUGCAGAUCUUUGGUGAAAUAUCUUUCAACAAGUCUCUAUAUGUGGGACUGAAUGCAGAAAACCAUAGAACUAAGAUCACUGUCAUCUUCCUGAAGAGUGAAGAGCCUCCUUCUUUGCUUCUGAUCAUUGGCAGCAGUGUUGGUGGCCUUCUGGUUUUGUUGGUGAUUGUAGCCAUCCUAUUCAAGUGUGGCUUUUUUAAAAGAAAAUACCAACGUCGGAACUUGGAGAGCAUGAGAGCCCAGCUGAAACCAGACAGUGUGCUCGCUGAAGAAAAUUAGAACUUGCUUUCUCAUCUAUUGGGAGAGAAUACCAACCAGUCUCCACACUUCUAGAAACUUGGAACUUCCAACUACAUUUCUAUACAGUGAUCUAGAGAAGCACCAAAUGAAUAGUAUUGUUUUUGACUACAUGUUGUCUCCAAAGUCUCUUUGUAUCCUAAAAAAAAGGAAACUUGAGGAACAUUAGUAUUAAAGUUAGUUUUCUUUGUUUUUA